AUGGCAUCCCCAGCAGUCACUCUUGUAAACUCCGUCGGCCUUAUUGAAGCAGCUAUCAACAAGGGGCAGCCAAAGGAUGGCGUCGAAAUGGCACCGAAAGAAAUCCGAUCAGCUGGACUGGAUCACCUUAUCAAUGCACUCAAUGCGAAAGUUAAUUUCUAUGGUGAAGUUAGACAACCAAAAGACAGAGAACCAGACAUUGUUGCGAAUUGUAUAAAUCAAAGGGCACUCAUCAAGGCCACUCUUGAGCUGAGAGAACUAGUUGAGAAGAGUGUUAGUGAGAACGAAAUCACACUGAUACUUGGAGGUGACCACAGUAGUGGUAUGGGAGCAAUUGAGGGACACUUCAGGGCCUUCCCAGAUUCGGUUGUGGUUUGGGUUGACGCUCAUGGUGAUAUCAAUACUCCAGAUUCGUCUGCGUCCAAAAAUACGCAUGGAAUGCCUGUCUCCUUUAUGAUGCGUGAAACUUACAAGCAGAUUCCGCAAAUUAUGGGGUUUGAGAAGAUACAUCCUGUGUUAGAUCCCAAUCAGAUCAUCUACAUUGGUCUUAGAGAUCUUGAUCCACCGGAACUGAACACUUUAAAGGAGUUUCGUGUGCCCUAUUUCAGCAUGAAUGAUGUAAGACAACUUGGAAUUGAGAAAGUUGUUGAAACAACAUUACGGAUUAUUGAAAGGACGAGUCCGAACUGUAAAAUCCACCUCAGUUUUGACAUCGACUCCUUGGAUCCAAGGUUUGCUCCAAGCACGGGAACUCCAGUUCCAGAUGGUUUGACUUUGAAGGAGGGAAAGUACAUCUGCAGGGCUCUUGCUCAAACUGGCCAAUUGAGGUCUAUGCUUAUGGCUGAAGUUAACACAGCUCUGGGAUCUGAAGAGGAUGCGAGGGUAACACUCAAUUCGGCCAAUGAGAUCCUGAAAUCCGCUCUUUUAUUGGGUUAA